AUGCAGCGGAGAUGCAUUGCUACAUCUGACUUGAGUUAUGUGGAGGGACCUCAAGAACCGCCGUUGCUCACAUGCACGAUACCAGAACAUUUCUCAGAGAUAGUCUCGCAAUAUGGCGACCGACCAGCAGCCGUGUUUCGGUCUCCAACAACUGCUGAUAUGAAUCCAACAUUAACUUCAUCCAAGCCGGAGACUACGACUCUAACGUAUGAGGAUCUCGACACCCAGUCAAAUAUCCUCGCGCACUCAUUACGGUCCCUUGGCGUAAAAAAGGGGGACCGUGUCGCCGUGAGCCUAGGGAACGUCACCGAGCACGCCGUGUUAACUUAUGCCAUCUUUAAGUUAGGCGCCAUUUUGGUUCCGCUCAACCCGACCUUCAACGCCUACCAACUCAGCGCCGCACUGUCCCGCCUUGGCGUCGAGGUCCUCGUUAUUGCAGCCGUUACGGACCUUUCUUACAAGCCCUGUCGUGGCCGCAGCAACUACGACCUCUUGUCCGCCCUUGUAACUGAUCUAUCUAGCAGUAAAGUCGAAUCAUCGACUGUCCCUACGCUCAAAUCUGUAGUGCUCGUAGAUAAUACGCCCUCUCACCCCCUCGCUAGCUUUCCACCCAUACAAGACCUUAGUGCACUAACCCCUUAUUCCUCACUCCUCUUAUCUUCCUCCUCAUCUUCUUCUCUCUCCCGUUCGAUAAUACCAGACGCUCCGCUCGCCCCGGCGGAAACGAUUAACAUCCAAUUCACAUCAGGCACGACAUCCAUGCCAAAGGCCGCGAUGCUAAACCACACUAACAUCCUAAACAACGGCCGGCUAAUCGCGGCGCGCAUGGGGCUUGAUCCUAGUGACCGGAUAGUGUGUCCGCCGCCGCUGUUCCACUGCUUCGGUUUCGUGCUAGGGUUUAUGGCAACCGCAACGACGGGAGCUUGUAUCGCGUUCCCGAGCCCGGCGUUCGACCCUGGAGCCUCCCUGCGCGCCGCCGCGGAGUUACGCGCUACGGGGUUCUAUGGCGUGCCUACUAUGUUCGCGGCCGAGUUCGAACUCCUCGCCAACCCAGCUUUCGCCGCGCGUUUGCCACCAGGUGGCCUUAGCAACCUACGCAAGGGAAUUGCGGCAGGCAGUUCGAUUCCGGAGCCGCUAAUGCGCGAGUUACGAGAGAAGCUGGGGCUCAAAGAUCUGGUUAUCUGCUACGGCAUGACGGAGACUAGUCCCGUAAGCUGCAUGACAGCUCCCACGGACCCGGACGAUAGACGCGCGAGUACCGUGGGUCGCGCGAUGCCACAUACGACUGCUAAGAUUGUCGCGCCGGGCGACCGGUCACGAAUCGUGCCGCGUGGGCAGUGCGGCGAGUUAGCUGUGUCGGGAUACCUACUCAUGAAGGGGUACUGGAAUGACGAGGAGCGAACGGGUGAGGACCUGGUUCGGGAUCAGGAUGGUAGGCUGUGGAUGUAUACUGGUGAUGAGGCGCGCAUGGAUCGUGACGGGUUUAUCGAAAUUACGGGCCGCAUUAAAGAUUUAAUCAUCAGGGGCGGCGAGAACAUACAUCCGCUCGAAGUUGAAGUUGCACUAGUAAGGCACCCUCGCGUGCGCGAGGCCAGCGUCGUGGGAGUACAAGAUGAGCGGUACGGCGAGGUCGUCGGCGCAUUCGUAGCAGUGCAUGCAGGUGUCAAGACACUAGAAGAUGGCGAGGUAGAUGGGGGUAAAGGGGAAGCAUUGUCCAAGGAUGAGGUGAGGGAUUGGGUCCGGAGACAGCUAUCGGGUCAUUUGGUGCCGAAGUACGUCUUUUGGACCGACGAGUUCCCUAAGACGGCCAGUGGGAAGAUACAGAAGUUUAAGUUGAGGGAUGUUGCGAAGGAAUUGCUUGGUAUGGCGGCGAAAUAG